GGUGGUUAGGAGGCCCAACACCCCCCCGGAGCGGCGAAUGGUUGAGUCCGUAGUAGGCAGGACUGUGAGCGGUCUGCAGCAGGACGUCGGAGAUCAAUGAACCGGACCCGAGGCUCGCUGGUUCGGCGUAAAGUGAGCGGAUAGACGAGUCCCUCCCCCGGAUAAAUGUGUCACUACCUUCAGGGCGGCCAGGCUUCGUCUAACAAUGCCGACAUUUUAAACAGACGCCUGUUGUUUUUUUUAGCCGACUCACCGCUUCCGACUUCUUCUUCUUCUUCGUGGGUGAUAUUGGUGACUUCUUCUUCUUCUUCUUCUUCUUCUUCUUCUUCGCGGGUGAUCGUGGUGCUGCAACCUCCAACAUUACCGUAGUGGUGCCAACAAGCCUCCAACAUUACCGCAGGAUGAUCUUCGCCAACACGGGCAACCCGCUGAAAAGUGGCAGCCGCAAGCAGUCCUACCCCAUGACUCCGUCCAGUCCCAGCAGCAGCAGCAACAGCAGCAGCACAGGCCUGGAGCAGCUCAGCAAGACCAACCUGUACAUCCGGGGUCUGCCUCCUGCCACCACAGACCUGGACCUGGUCAAACUCUGUCACCAGUAUGGCAAGAUUCAGUCAGCAAAGGCCAUUUUGGACAAGACAACCAACAAAUGUAAAGGUUACGGCUUUGUGGACUUUGACAGCCCAGCAGCUGCUCUGAAGGCCGUCCAUGCUCUGAAGACCAGCGGCAUCCAGGCCCAGAUGGCCAAGCAACAGGAACAAGACCCCACCAAUCUGUACAUCUCCAACCUGCCUCUGUCUGUGGACGAGAAAGAGCUGGAGAACAUGCUCCAGCCUUUCGGCCAAGUGGUGUCCACACGCAUCCUGCGGGACUACGGCGGCAACAGCCGAGGCGUGGGCUUCGCCAGGAUGGACACCACCGAGCAGUGCAACGCAGUCAUCUCUCACUUCAACGGGAAAUUCAUCAAAAUCGCCUCCGGAGCUCUGGCUCCCUCUCAGCCCUUGUUGUGUAAGUUUGCAGACAGUCAGAGGAAGAAACACGCCCACAGUGGAUUUGUUCCCAAUGGACAGAGUGCAGAUCUCAGACUAAGUGCAAUGACUCUGACCUAUGACCCCUCGUCAGCAGCUAUGCAUAACGGGUACUACCCAUCCCCGUAUCCAGUCACCAACAGGAUCAUGGCUGUGCAGCCCACCUUGUCUCCCUACAUGUCCCCGCUCUCUGCUUACCAGGUGCAGAGUCAUUCUUGGGUGGCACAUCAGCCAUAUAUCAUGCAGCACCCGGCCCCGGUAAUGUCGCCCUCUGUGGAUCCAUCCAUGUCACUGCACCCUGCAGCCAUGAUCACUCAGCAGAUGGGUCAGCUGUCCUUAGGAAACACUGGAGCGGUGAUGAGGGGAGCAGUGGGCAGCAGCAGUGGCCGCGCCCGGGAAUCAUUUUUGUACAUUGCUGCCAACGCGGGGGUUCAAGGUGCUUACCUGCCACAGUAUACUUCCCUGCCUGCACCAGCGGAGAACAACACGCCCCAGCAGGUGGAUUCUUCCAACAACUCCUCCCCUUACAGUCAGCUCAGCAAGUAACCACAGGCGGGCUGACGGGCGGCGAGCGAUGACAUCAGCCUCUCUCUGAUUGGACCACACACAAACUGUUUUGCACAGCCCGACGCUUGUGUUGGAAAAGCCAGAACAGAAAAGGAGGAGAGUGACAAGAGCAGAAAAGGAGGACAAGAGCAGAAAAGGAGGAGAGGAGCAUAAAAGGAGGACAAGAGCAUAAAAGGAGGACAGUGACAAAAACAAAGAGCACUGCAUCAGUUGUCUAAUCACACAAAAGCAACACAAAUAGAUUUAUUUUGAUAAGAAACAACAACAACGUGCUCUUCAUCCUUUUCUCUUUUUUCAAGAAGGAUUCUCCAACAAAAAUUCCAGAGGACACGCCCCCUCCUCCUCUUCCUCCCCCCCACAGUAUGAUGUGAUUUUUAAUGCAUGAGCCCCCCCCCCCUCCCCUCCCCUCCCCCACCCAGGUUUUAUGCUUUUCUACUUCCUUGACGUGUGAGCUCCAUGCAGACUCCAUGCGGGUGCAGAUCCACGAUUAGAAGGUGCCUUCCUCCACCAACAUCUUCCAACUCCAGAUCAGGUGUCAUCUCUCCUCAGUGAUGGCUCUCCACAUGCUGGUAGCAAUAAUGGAGUCCACCUGCAAUACAACACAAACUCAACUCAGAGAGAAAUUUACUCCUCCCCCCCCCCCCCCUUCUCUUUGCUUUUUUUGUUUUUGUUUCUCUUUUUGGAAUAAGACGAAGCUUUUCCUGUCUGGGCUGCGCUUUGUUGACCUUCUAGAAGUUCCUCUCGUGGCCGCCGAUCUACCUCAUGGUUCUCAGUCUCACGCCGCUGCUGGCGGGUUUGCAGGUAAAGCCCUCAGCAGCGACGCCGACUACGGAACAAAAAGCCUUGCUCAAGGAGCUGCCGGCUGACUCGGACUUCAACCUUUCGCAGCGACUCUUCUUCCUCCUCCCUUUUUUUUUUUUUUUUAAAUUUGUCAUGGCUUCUCUUUUUGUUUCCCACUUGGUGACUUGACUUUAGUUUGAUGCUCCCGUUAUUUCUCCUCUUCCUCACUUAUUGGAGGGCAAACUUCACUUGCUUAUGCAAAAAAAGGAAAAAGAUUUGAAGGCGUGACAAGACUAGAGAUGUCCGAUAAUAGCGGAAAUUAUCGGUAUCGUUUUUUUAAAAAUUAUUGGUAUCGUUUUUUUGUUUGUUUGUUUGUUUUUUUUAAAUUAAAUCCACAUAAAAAACACAAGAUACACUUACAAUUAGUGCACCAACCCAAAAAAACUCCCCCAUUUACACUCAUUCACACAAAAGUAGGGAUGUCCGAUAAUGGCUUUUUGCCGAUUUCCGAUAUUCCGAUAUUGUCCAACUCUUUUAAUUACCUAUACCGAUAUCAACCGAUAUAUACAGUCGUGGAAUUAACACAUUAUUAUGCCUAAUUUGGACAACCAGGUAUGGUGAAGAUAAGGUACUUUUUUUUA